AUGCCUCUUCGACGAACCCCCCCGGCACAAGAUCCAAUCGCCCACGUCGCCGCGGGUGGAAAUCAUACUCUGCUCCUUACCAAGAAGGGGUGCGUGUACGCAGCGGGCUGCAAUACUAAUGGGCGAUGUGGGCCUGCAUCGCAUGCAGAGGAGACCCUGCUCCGAUUCAGACGGGUUGUUCUCACCGAUGCUGCGACGGGGGAGCGCGUGGAUACAUUCAAGUGCGUGUCUGCGACGUGGGAGGGAAGCAUUCUCGUUGCUGGCGUGCGGACGGCUCAGUCGGGUGUCUCGGUGGAUAAACUGUUUAUCUUGGGUUCGAGUCCCAAUGCUGCAUUGGGUCUGCUGCCGUCGACGUCUAAUUCGGGUGCCAACGUGGUCCAGUCUGGAACGUCGAUCCCCGGCUUUCCGCCGCCGAACACGAGCAUUCAUGCCUUGGCAAGUGGGAUGGGCCAUACGGUGGUUAUUCUGUCGAAUGGUGAUGUGUAUGGCUGGGGCGGCUCGCGGAAGGGCCAGUUAGGCGAGGCUCUGAGAGAGCAGAGGACCGUCUGGCUACCGGCUAAGGUUGAGGGGAUUCCGUUCGCGGCACAGAGCGCAGUGUGCGGGCGGGAGUUUAGUGUUGUCUGUGGGGAACGCGGGAGGGGCGAAUUCGUCGUGCUGGGGGAUGCGGGGAAUCGGUGGCGGGUUCUGGAUGUCCCGGCCUCUCUACGGGGGACGGGUACAGGUGAGGAGGGAGGCAUUAGGGGGUUUGUGGAUGUCGGCGCGAGUUGGCAUGGCGUUUAUGUACAUGCUGCCUUGCAGAAUACCUCUCGUGCUGCUCCUGGCUCCGAUUCGGAGUCUGCUUCGGCUGCUCUUAUCGCCUGGGGCCGCAACGAUCGCGGCCAGCUCCCGCCUGAUGGCUUGCCUUCGCCCGUCAAGAUGGCUGUUGGCAGUGAGCAUGUUCUUGCGCUGCUGGGCGAUGGCUCGGUAGCUGCGUUUGGAUGGGGCGAGCAUGGGAAUUGCGGGCCUGAUACGGAUGAUCGGGGGAAUGUUGCGGGGCGGUAUAGUUCGAUUCCGCUAGAUGCGGUGCUCGCUGGUGGUGGGCGGGUAAUUGGGCUCGGCGCUGGGUGUGCGACGAGUUGGAUUGUUGCGGAGUGA